AAAUAUAGUUGGCCAUGGGGGUUUUGCUAUAAAUUAACACAAGAAGUAAACUGUUUACACAAUCAUAAUUCAUAUCUAAGUUCUAUAGUUGAUUACUGAUAUUGAUUUUACUAAAUCUGAAUCUGAAAUGUCCACUUGUAUGACAAAGAGAAAGACAGUGACAGUUCUAAGCAUCGAUGGAGGUGGCAUUAAAGGUCUAAUUCCCAGCACCCUCCUCGCCUUUCUUGAAUCCAAGCUUCAGGAUUUGGAUGGGCCUGAUGCAAGAAUUGCAGAUUAUUUCAACACAAUUGCUGGAACAAGCACCGGUGGUCUUAUCACCACCAUGCUUACAGCUCCCAACAAAGACAAUCGGCCCAUGUACCAAGCAAAGGACAUCACCACCUUCUAUUUAGAUCACUGCCCUAAGAUUUUCCCUCAGAACAGAGGAAAAAACUUGUUGACAUCAAUAAAAAGUUUGGUUGGUGCUGUCAUGGGGCCAAAAUAUGACGGCAAGUACCUGCGCACAUUGUUGAGUGGUCUGCUUGGUGACCUCACUCUCAAAGACACUCUAACUAAUGUGCUUAUUCCAUCUUUCGAUAUCAAGUACCUUCAGCCUGUCGUCUUCUCCACCAUUGAUGCAAAAGAUCAUCCUUUGAAAAAUGCUAAGCUCUCGGAUACCUGUGUAAGUACCUCUGCUGCUCCUACCUAUCUCCCUGCACACUACUUCGAUGUCAAGGAUGAUGAGGGAAGGACUCGCACUUUUGAUCUCGUCGAUGGAGGGGUUGCUGCAAACAAUCCUACAAUGAUGGCCAUAAGUCACAUAAAUAGAGAGAUGUUGAGGAAAGGCUCGGAUCCGAUGGAUGCGAAGAGGUUGUUAGUGCUAUCGUUGGGCACAGGCACCGCCAAGUUCGAAGAGAAGUACAAUGCAGCCACGGCCUCCAAAUGGGGUUUGAUCAAUUGGGUCUUGCACAAUGGGAACACACCUUUGGUAGACAUUUUCAGCGAUGCGAGUUCUGAUAUGGUUGAUAUUCAUGUGUCCACCCUCUUCCAAUGCAUCCACGCCAAGCACAACUAUCUACGUAUUCAGGAUGACUCAUUGACCGGUGAUGAAGCAUCAGUAGAUAUAGCAACGGAGAAGAAUCUUAUGAGGCUUAUAGAGAUCGGGAAUGCGUUGUUGAAGAAGCCAGUUUCACGGGUGCAGUUGGAUACGGGAAGGUAUGAGAAACCUGAGGUAGAAGAGGGUACCUAUGAAGAAGCACUGAUCAAGUUUUGCCAAAAGGUUAUCAGAAGUAAAGAAGACUGAAAUAUAGAUAUUGCAGAUGUUAAUAAUUUGUUUUUAUGUUUGUCACGUUCAUCAACUCAACUGUGAAUCCUUUGAUUAAAAAAAUAAAAAUAAAGAAUAGUCAUGUUUAAUAAAGAUUGGAGUUUUAGCAUCA